AUGUGGGAAGCCAUGGCGUCAGCAGCUUAUGGCAAUACAUUGAAUAUUGAGGAGCUGUUAGGAGGAGGAGCCCAGGUGGCAGAAAUAUACAGCAGAGAUGUGUCCAAAAGCAGCAGGUCCCUGCUUCUAGAAAGUAGGCUUCAGCGGUUAGUGGAAAGGGUGGAUCUGGAUCACCAACUUGAGGUGGAGACAGGUCUUCCCGCCUUGGCUCAGCUGCCGCGUCCCGCAGCGCCCCACAGUUCCAGGAUCCGCCCGCGCCUGCACCCCUUCCUCUGCCCGCCUCUCCGCAAGGUGCUAGCGCGAGGCGCCUGGAGGCCGGCGGCUGUUCCAGGGAGCGCAGCCGCAGGAGCCGGGACCGCGGGAGGCGCCGCCGUCCACCGGCCCCUUACCUGCUCUGCUAAGCUCCGUAGCUCAGGAUCUGAGACAAUCAGGAGGCUGAUCCGAUCCGCCGCCGCCGCAAUCAACGACGCUCAGCUCCGUAGCUCGGGAUCUAAGGACAAUCGGGAGGCUGAUCCGAUCCGCCGCCGCCGCCGCCGCCGCAGAGCAGGACGAACCAGCCCACAGCACCCCCGCACUCACGCCCCGGCCCCGGCCCGGGGUGAUCACACUCAAACCAUUGCAUCUCCUGCAUACACAUUCAGUGAUCACACUCAAACCAUUGCAUCUCCUGCAUACGCAUUCAGUGAUCACACUCAAACCAUUGCAUCUCCUGCAUACGCAUUCAGUGAUCACACUCAAACCAUUGCAUCUCCUGCAUACGCAUUCAGUGAUCACACUAAAACCAUUGCAUCUCAUGCAUACGCAUUCAGUGAUCACACACAAACCAUUGCAUAUCCUGCACACACAUUCAGUGAUCACACACAAACCAUUGCAUCUCCUGCAUACGCAUUCAGUGAUCACACUAAAACCAUUGCAUCUCCUGCAUACGCAUUCAGUGAUCACACUCAAACCAUUGCAUCUCCUGCAUACGCAUUCAGUGAUCACACUCAAACCAUUGCAUCUCCUGCAUACGCAUUCAGUGAUCACACUCAAACCAUUGCAUCUCCUGCAUACGCAUUCAGUGAUCACACACAAACCAUUGCAUCUCCUGCACACACAUUCAGUGAUCACAUACAAACCAUUGCAUCUCCUGCAUACGCAUUCAGUGAUCACACUCAAACUAUUGCAUCUCCUGCACACACAUUCAGUGAUCACACUCAAACCACUGCAUCUCCUGCAUAUGCACUCAGUGAUCACACUCAAACCAUUGCGUCUCCUGCACACACAUUCAGUGAUCACACUCAAACCAUUGCAUCUCCUGCACACACAUUCAGUGAUCACACUCAAACCAUUGCAUCUCCUGCACACACAUUCAGUGAUCACACUCAAACCAUUGCAUCUCCUGCAUACGCAUUCAGUGAUCACACUCAAACCAUUGCAUCUCCUGCAUAUGCAUUCAGUGAUCACACUCAAACUAUUGCAUCUCCUGCACACACAUUCAGUGAUCACACUCAAACCAUUGCAUCUCCUGCACACGCAUUCAGUGAUCACACUCAAACCAUUGCAUCUCCUGCACACGCAUUCAGUGAUCACACUCAAACCAUUGCAUCUCCUGCACACACAUUCAGUGAUCACACUCAAACCAUUGCAUCUCCUGCAUACGCAUUCAGUGAUCACACUCAAACCAUUGCAUCUCCUGCAUACGCAUUCAGUGAUCACACUCAAACCAUUGCAUCUCCUGCACACACAUUCAGUGAUCACACUCAAACCAUUGCAUCUCCUGCACACACAUUCAGUGAUCACACUCAAACCAUUGCAUCUCCUGCAUACGCAUUCAGUGAUCACACUCAAACCAUUGCAUCUCCUGCACACACAUUCAGUGAUCACACUCAAACUAUUGCAUCUCCUGCACACACAUUCAGUGAUCACACUCAAACCAUUGCAUCUCCUGCAUUCGCAUUCAGUGAUCACACUCAAACCAUUGCAUCUCCUGCAUACGCAUUCAGUGAUCACACUCAAACUAUUGCAUCUCCUGCACACACAUUCAGUGAUCACACUCAAACCAUUGCAUCUCCUGCACACGCAUUCAGUGAUCACACUCAAACCAUUGCAUCUCUUGCACACGCAUUCAGUGAUCACACUCAAACCAUUGCAUCUCCUGCAUAUGCAUUCAGUGAUCACACUCAAACCAUUGCAUCUCCUGCAUACGCAUUCAGUGAUCACACUCAAACCAUUGCAUCUCCUGCAUACGCAUUCAGUGAUCACACUCAAACUAUUGCAUCUCCCGCACACACAUUCAGUGAUCACUCUCAAACCACUGCAUCUCCUGCAUAUGCACUCAGUGAUCACACUCAAACCAUUGCGUCUCCUGCACACACAUUCAGUGAUCACACUCAAACCAUUGCAUCUCCUGCACACACAUUCAGUGAUCACACUCAAACCAUUGCAUCUCCUGCACACACAUUCAGUGAUCACACUCAAACCAUUGCAUCUCCUGCAUACGCAUUCAGUGAUCACACUCAAACCAUUGCAUCUCCUGCAUACGCAUUCAGUGAUCACACUCAAACUAUUGCAUCUCCUGCACACACAUUCAGUGAUCACACUCAAACCAUUGCAUCUCCUGCACACGCAUUCAGUGAUCACACUCAAACCAUUGCAUCUCUUGCACACGCAUUCAGUGAUCACACUCAAACCAUUGCAUCUCCUGCACACACAUUCAGUGAUCACACUCAAACCAUUGCAUCUCCUGCAUACGCAUUCAGUGAUCACACUCAAACCAUUGCAUCUCCUGCAUACGCAUUCAGUGAUCACACUCAAACUAUUGCAUCUCCUGCACACACAUUCAGUGAUCACACUCAAACCAUUGCAUCUCCUGCACAUGCAUUCAGUGAUCACACUCAAACCAUUGCAUCUCUUGCACACGCAUUCAGUGAUCACACUCAAACCAUUGCAUCUCCUGCAUACGCAUUCAGUGAUCACACUCAAACCAUUGCAUCUCCUGCAUACACAUUCUUGCUCUACAAAAGCCUGAAAAUUAAGCUAAGAAAGGCAAAAAUCCCUUCAGCAGAUAUGAAAAAAGAAAAACUAUGA